AUAAAAUCUGUUAUGAACAAUACAAAGUUGAGUAAUUAUUUUGCAGAUGGGACAGGUAGGGACACUUACGUAAGCAAUUUUAAUGGUGGAUUUUGGAAAUAAAAUUAGACAUAGCCUGUUCGUCCUGAAAGUGGUUCAUAUCCUAAUCGAAGAUAUUAAGCAUCACCUUCUCCUUGUAUAGAUUCAAAAGUAAAUAGAUAUAGAAAUGAUGGAAGUGGAAGGGAUGGCUAUAUAAGGUAAAAGGAUAAAUAUAUUAAGUUAUGAUGAGGGAGGAUUUACAGUUUCAAUGGGAAGGAAGAGAAAUUUCAUAUCAAAUUUAAGAGGCCAUGAUACAAAAUAGAGAUGUAAUACACGAGAUAGUUCUCCUAUGUUAUAAUCUUUUUCAAAAACAUAAUCAAUUACAAAAAGACUUUAUUAUUCAAAAUAAGUAGAAGACCCAUAUUAGUCAAUUAGAAAAUUAACUAGUUUGCACUAUAAAAAAUGACUAUUUAUAAUACAAUUUAGCGC